AUGUCUUCACGUUGGGGUGGUUCUCCACAAUGUCCACGCUGCCAAAAGGCUGUAUAUAUGGCUGAACAAGUUAUUGGCCCGAAUGGUCCAUGGCACAGGGAUUGUCUUACUUGUAUUGAUUGUAAAAAACGGUUGGAUUCUUAUGCCUUAGCAGAGCAUGAAGGACAGGCAUAUUGUAAAACUUGUCACGGACGUCAUUUUGGGCCAAAAGGUUAUGGAUAUGGCGCAGGAACUUCAUUCUUAAGUAGCGACCGACCAAUCAAAAAACCAAGUGGUAAUGAAUCAACCUCGGACAAGAUAUCUCAAUCACCACCUAGUUCACCAUCGGGAUUUUUCAGUUCUAGGCCUCAGUCACCUAGAAAUGCGAAGCGUUGGACACUUCCACUCAAUAAUGAUAUAUGUCCACGCUGUUCAAAGGCUGUUUAUGCAGCUGAAGCGGGCUACGGAUAUGGCAAUGGAGCAGCAUUUUUAACCACCGAAGGAGCAGCUACCUGA